AUGAGUGCGCAAAUUGCUAACGGCUCCGAAGAGGCAUUUAUGGGUCCUAACCUCAACAUCACGCUCACAUGCCCCGAAUGUAAGAUCUAUCCUCCCGAUUUGAUCGAGAGAUUUAGUGAGGGUGAUAUUGUUUGCGGAAGCUGUGGUCUUGUUCUCAGUGACCGUGUGGUCGACACGCGUUCUGAAUGGAGAACCUUCAGUAAUGAUGACCAGAAUGGAGACGAUCCAAGUCGUGUUGGUGAUGCCAGCAACCCUCUUUUGGAAACAGAAGAUCUCUCUACCAUGAUCUCAUAUGUCCCCGAGAAUGUAAGAGCAGGGAGAGACUUGAACAGAGCACAAGCGAAGUCCCUCGUAGACAGAAGAGAUAACGCUUUAUCUGCUGCUUACUCGAAGAUCUCUCAAAUGUGCGAUGGUUACCAAUUGCCCAAAAUUGUUCAAGAUGGAGCUAAGGAAGUUUACAAGCUAGUUUACGAUGAGAAGGAUUUGCGCGGUAAGUCGCAGGAAUCUAUCAUGGCCGCUGCUAUCUUCAUGGGCUGUCGUAAAGCCAAAGUUGCUCGUACCUUUAAGGAAAUUUGGGCCUUGACCAAUGUCCCCAAGAAGGAGAUCGGAAAAGUCUUUAAAAUCAUGCAUCGUAUCAUUCAAAACAAGAAUGAUAACAACCCUGGCGCAUACUCUAAUAUUAAGGAUAGCGAGCAGACUACACAAACUUCUGCAGAGGACUUGAUCAGACGUUUCUGUUCUCACUUGGGAUUAAAGAACGAGGUCACGAAUGCAGCAGAACACAUCGCGAGAAAGUGCAAGGAGUCUGGAAUUUUGGCAGGCCGUUCUCCAAUCACUAUUGCAGCUACAGUCAUCUACAUGGCAUCUUUGAUUUUCGACGCAGAUGUGUCUCCAACCAAGAUCGCAAAUAAAACGGGUGUUAGUGAUGGAACCAUCAAAACUUCGUUCAAAGUCAUGUACGAGGAUCGCGAUAAAUUGAUUGACCCAAGUUGGGCAAACAAGGGCCGCUUGGAUAACUUUGCAGGUGACGCAUAA